AUGGUGAACAACUCGAGCGGAACAGCUCCAUCUAACACAAGUAACUUGACGCCAUUUCCAACAGCAUGUGUGGUUAUAUUCGGUUUGAUUUUUAUUUUAAUGUUUUUGGUCAGUGCCAUGGGAAACUCGCUCGUUUGUUAUAUAGUUUAUCAGAAACCCGCUAUGCGAUCGGCUAUAAACAUUUUACUCGCAACUUUGGCAAUGGCGGACGUUUUGACGGCCAUCGUGUGUAUGCCAUUUACCAUAAUCACACUAAUCGCCCAAGACUGGAUUUUCGGCGAGGUGUUUUGCCAAGUAAAUGCCAUAAUGUUCAACCUCUUGGUGACAGAAGGAACUUUUGUUCUUCUUACAAUAUCAGUGGAUAGGUUUAUGAUAAUUGUGCGACGAAAAGACACCCUUACACCACGGAAAGCCAAAGUGUAUAUUUCAGUCUCAUGGUUGCUGUCAAUAGCCAUCGUUCUUCCACCUUUAUUUGGCUGGGGAAGUUAUGGCUUCGAACGAGGUCAAAUUCAUUGCUCUUUGGAAUGGCCUAGCCAAGGAGAACUAGAUCUAGCCGAUCUGUCUUAUGGCCUGUUCUUUUACGUAUCAACGUUUUGCAUUCCGCUUAUUCUUAUGGGUUAUUGCUUUGUGUCAAUUUUAAGAACGGUUAGGAGAAACUCAACCCGAAUUCAAAAUCACCCCCCAGUACCUGGUGGGGUUAUUACGAAAAUGCAUCGGCCAGGCAAGAUGAAUAUUGACUACAGUUUCAAGACAAGAGCUUUUACCACUAUAUUAAUCUUGUUUAUUCUAUUUGUGGUUUGUGGUGUACCAUACACGGCAAUCCGCUUUAAACUACUGUUAAAAAGAUUUGAAAACUCAUUGUCUUAUGUUGGUGAUGCUGUGAUCAUCUUAAUAGCAUACUUAAACUCCACUCUAAAGCCAAUAAUUUAUUAUGUCCGAAUUAGCAAGUUUCGGGAAGCAUGCAUGGACAUUAUGCCAUCAUGGUGUCAUGUUCCUCACUGUCUACCAGGAAGAACCAUGCGUCGUAUCAGACCACAUGUAGUAUAUGAAGUGGACAAAAAGUUUGUUACUUCAGCAUUGUAA